AUGGGAAUCGUACCAACCCUGCACUUCCAGCGCACUCCCGCCAAGCGUCGUCCGGGCAUGUCCACCACCUCCUCCUCCGCGCAGCCUCAGCACCAGCCACCCAAGCCACGAAACGACCCGACAAUACACCUGUACAUCGGGUCCACGGUGCCACCCAUCUAUAUGUCGACGUCGCAGUCGCACCUGACGCGGGCGUCGCGCACGCUGCACCGACAUCUGCGCGCGCAGGUUCCCAACCGUCGCGAAUACGAGUCGCGCGACAAGACGAUGAUGAUGCGCAACGAGGCUGCGGCGACGGUCGCACGGUUCCUCGAGUUCCUGGAGCGCGGGAGUUACACAGUUUCUAGCGAUGCGGAGGGCGACGAGGUCAGGGUCCAUCUUAGGAUGUAUGUCUUUGCGGUCAAGUAUGAGGUGCCGAGGCUGGCGGGCUAUGCUAGGCGCAGGGCUGGCGCGGUGUUGGAGCGUAUGGUUGCUGCGGGAGAUGGGGAUGUGCUUGAGAUUGGAACGGCGGAUACGAGGGAGAGGGAGGGGAAGGGCGGGGAGGUCGUCUGGGCGGGCGUUUGCGCGGUUGUUCUUAAGGGCGUCGAGGAGCAGGAGAGGUCGGUCCUCAAAGAGGUGCUGGGGAAGCUGGUGGCGCCAUUUAUUUGGCGUGCUAGUGGUGCGUGGUAA